AUGGCAUGGGGAGCUUGCACUGCUGCUCUCCUGCUGCUCCUCCUCCUCGCAGCAGUAGCAGCAGCAGCAGCAGGUGCGAGUUGCGUCAUCUCUGCGGCCGUUAUGUGCAUGGAAGCUCAGUACAGACGACUAAAUGAGAACUAUCAUGGAGCAAACUCAUGCGUUUUGAAGGUGACAGCCGAGGCUGUACAAUCUCUCAAGAACAAGUGCAAGAAGGGAAGAGCCUGGAAACCUAAUGUUGGGGCACCAACUGUAGCGGGUGUCCUGGAGGUGAUCCGUUCGUGGGAGCAGGGGCUGUCAACUGUCCUCGACAAUACAUCUCUGAGGCUCAAACACUAUGUGACCUUUAAGGCCGGCGAGCUGAGCCCCUCGGAAGUCACCUCUUUGCUCCACAAAAUGGGACCGGUGGUUGGUGUCCUGUACACAGAUGGCGAAUACUUCAGGAGCGCGGUAUUCCGAGGGGACAAGGCCUUUCCCGCCAACCAUGCUGUCACCUGCACUGGUUAUCGUUAUGUGGAUGGCGAACUCUUCAUAAUAAUAAUGGAUAACGUUGAACGUGGAGGCCCGUUUCGAUUUGUUCUGUACGAGGCAUUCGCAGAGUUCCACGUCCUCACAGUCAACGCUAGCAGCUAG